CGAUGUUGGAGCUCCGAUUGGUCCAGGGCUCGCUCCUGAAGAAGGUUCUGGAGUCCAUCAAGGACCUCGUCACCGACGCCAACUUCGACUGCUCCGCCACCGGGUUCUCCCUCCAGGCCAUGGACUCCAGCCACGUCGCCCUCGUCGCUUUGCUUCUCAGAUCUGAAGGCUUCGAGCACUACCGCUGCGAUCGGAGCAUCUCCAUGGGGAUGAACCUCGGCAACAUGUCCAAGAUGCUCAAGUGCGCCGGCAACGAUGACAUCAUCACCCUCAAGGCUGACGACGGCAGCGAUACUGUCACCUUCAUGUUUGAGAGCCCCACACAAGAUAAAAUUUCUGAUUUUGAGAUGAAGCUGAUGGACAUUGACAGUGAGCACCUUGGUAUUCCAGAGGCAGAAUACCAUGCUAUUGUUAGGAUGCCUUCUGCUGAAUUUGCCAGGAUUUGCAAAGACCUCAGCGGCAUCGGUGAUACUGUUGUGAUAUCUGUGACAAAGGAAGGUGUGAAGUUCUCUACAAGAGGUGAUAUCGGUGUUGCUAAUAUCGUCUGUAGGCAGAACACUACUGUUGACAAGCCUGAAGAAGCAACAAUCAUAGAGAUGAAUGAGCCAGUAUCAUUGACAUUUGCUCUGAGGUACAUGAACUCCUUCACAAAAGCAUCCCCCUUGUCAAACACAGUUACUAUCAGCCUCUCUUCUGAACUGCCAGUUGUGGUUGAGUACAAGAUUGCUGAGAUGGGGUACAUAAGGUUCUACUUGGCUCCGAAGAUAGAAGAGGAUGAAGAUGAGACAAAGCCUCAAGUUUGAACCUUAUGCCACGGCACAGGCCUGCCCUUAGUUGACUUGAUUGUGCUUUUGAAAUCCAUGUAGAGAAUUUCUAUUUGAGGUGUUCCCUGCUUUCUAAGUGAUUGAGUGUAGUUCAGAAGUUUUUUAAUGGUACCAUCUUCUAGACUUUGGAUUGUAAUCAUUCUUUCUGGUUCUUUAAUUUACUACUUACAUU